UAAAUCGUCUAUAGAUGAAAAUAUAUGAAUGGGGUAGAAGCACGUGUGCUGUAAUGCAGUUAUAAAUAUUAAUAUAUUAUGAACACUACACAAUGUCUUGUGCGUAUGAAGUAUGGAAACUUUGUAUUAGACAAAAUUGUGUUAAUAAACUCAAGUUAGAACAAUUAAUUAUUGUGAGAGGUUAAGAUUUGGAAGUUUGUAAUUUGGCAAAAUAAUUUAACAAUGGGACAAGAUAAAAAUUCUGAAACACAUAGCGUUCUCUCAGAAUCUGAAACUCGUCUGAUAAAAAAUAAUAUCACAUGUUCUGAAGUUAAGAAAGAUGAGAAAAGACAUAAGUGUACUUAUCCUGGCUGUGAAGCAGCUUAUUGUAGACCAUCCCGAUUAAUGAGACACUUCAGAUCUCACACUGGAGAGAGAAGCUAUAAAUGUAAUUAUGAAAAUUGUGAUAAAGCCUACACAAAUGCUUGUCAUUUGAAACGUCAUAUGGAAACUCAUAGUGACAUAAAAACAAUGUAUCAGUGUCCUGAAUGUUCAAUAUUUAUUGCUCAUCGCUAUAAUUUGAAGCGUCAUUAUAAAACUCAACAUGAACGUGAGAAAUUAACUUGUAAAGAAUGUAAUGCAUCUUUCACUAAAAAGUACCAGCUUGCAGCUCAUAAAGCAACUCAUAACCCAGUGCUAUAUAAAUGUGAGAAAUGUAAUAAGAGUUUCACAAAUCCCACAAAAUUCAAAAAUCACAAGGCUACUCAUGAGAAACUUAAACAAUAUCCAUGUACAAGAUCAGGAUGCAAUGAAGUGUUUGAAAACUGGAUACUUUUUCAAAGCCAUUUAAAAACUCAACAUGUAAAUGAUUACAAAUGCAAGGAUUGUGAUAAACGAUUUUUACAGAAACAUCAUUUAAGAGUCCAUUCUCAAGUUCACAUAAAACACAGAUUACUUAUACCUUGCCCAUAUGAAAAAUGUCCGCGAGUGUAUUACUUCCAAAAAAAUUUGGAUCAACAUAUAAGAGUCUACCACUUAGAUCAGAAAUACGAGUGCGAUAUAUGUAAGAUAAAAAUUACAACAAAACGAAGAUUAACAGAACAUAUUCAGAAAUUACAUAUGUUAGAAACAAGGAUAAAAAGAACCAAAAAGUUACAACGUAAAAGGAGAAAAGAUGCAGACAAACCUAAAAGAAGUAUGGUUUCUAAAUUGACUGGAAUUAUAUUACCACAAAAAGUAGAAAAAGAAAUAUUAGAAAGAAAAGAUUUCAGUUUGGAAAAAUUCAUAGAAGUAUUAAAUGAGAACUGACAUUUGUAAUCCAUAAGUU